AGCUGGGUGCUGACAGCUUUCUCUGCUCUCAGAGCACCAAGCUAUGGAUCAUCAUGGAGUACCUGGGGGGCGGCUCUGCGCUGGACCUGCUGAAACCAGGCCCUCUGGAGGAGACGUACAUUGCUACCAUCCUGCGGGAGAUUCUGAAGGGUUUGGACUACCUGCAUUCAGAGCGCAAGAUCCACCGAGAUAUCAAAGCUGCCAACGUGCUGCUCUCAGAGCAGGGUGAUGUGAAGCUGGCCGACUUCGGGGUGGCUGGGCAGCUCACAGAUACACAGAUCAAGAGAAACACAUUUGUGGGCACCCCGUUCUGGAUGGCUCCUGAGGUUAUCAAGCAGUCCGCCUACGACUUCAAAGCUGAUAUCUGGUCUCUGGGCAUCACCGCCAUUGAGCUGGCCAAGGGGGAGCCGCCCAACUCUGACCUCCACCCUAUGCGCGUCCUGUUCCUGAUUCCCAAGAACAGCCCCCCCACCCUGGAGGGCCACCACAGCAGAGCCUUCAAGGAGUUUGUGGAGGCCUGUCUCAACAAGGACCCCCGAUUCCGGCCCACCGCCAAGGAACUCUUGAAGCACAAAUUCAUCACACGCUACACCAAGAAGACCUCCUUCCUCACCGAGCUCAUCGACCGCUACAAGCGCUGGAAGUCUGAGGGCCAUGGAGAGGAGUCCAGCUCCGAGGACUCCGACAUCGACGGCGAGGCUGAGGACGGAGAGCAGGGCCCCAUCUGGACGUUUCCCCCGACCAUCCGGCCCAGUCCGCACGGCAAGCUCCACAAGGGGACGGCCCUGCAUGGCUCCCAGAAGCCCACCGAGCCCGUCAAGAGACAGCCGAGGUCCCAGUGCCUGGCCACGCUUGUCCGGCCUGUCUUCGGAGAGCUCAAAGAAAAGCACAAGCAGAGUGGUGGGAGCGUGGGUGCCCUGGAGGAGCUGGAGAACGCCUUCAGCCUGGCAGAGGAGUCCUGCCCCGGCAUCUCAGACCAGCUGAUGGUGCACCUGGUGGAGCGCGUGCAGAGGUUCUCACACAGCAGGAACCACCUGACGGCAGCCCGCUGAGCGUCGCCCGCUGAGCGAG